AUGGCGCGGGCGGCGCGGGCUCUGGCGCGGGCGGCGGAGGGAGCGGCGGGGCCGGGGCUGGGCCGGGCUCGCCUGGUGCCGCUGCCGCCCGGCGGCGCGGCCGGGCCCGACCCGCACGGCCGGGCCGAGCUGGGCUGGGCCGGGCCGGGCCGGGGGAGCGGAGACCCCGCGCGGCGGGUGCCGGGUCGCUCCGCUGACCCCCCGGUGUCGGCAGGCUGGAGGGAGGCGGUGGCGGCCGCGGCCGGCGCGCUGCAGGCGGGCGGGCUUGUGGCGGUGCCCACGGACACGGUGUACGGCGUGGCCUGCCUGGCCCAGGACUCGGCCGCCGUGCGCAGCAUCUACAGCCUGAAGGGGCGGAACGGCGCGAAGCCGCUCGCCAUCUGCCUCGGGGACGUGGAGCGGCUCUACAGGUACUGCCACGUGAACGUGCCGGACGAGCUGCUGCGGGACCUGCUCCCAGGACCGGUGACGCUGGUCCUGCAGCGUUCAGAAGAACUGAAUAAAGACUUGAAUCCUUUCACAUCACUGGUUGGUGUUCGUAUUCCAGACCACUCCUUCAUGAGGGACCUGGCACGUGCCUGCUCGGGACCACUGGCUUUGACAAGCGCCAACAUCAGCUCGCAGGGCAGCACCCUGACCGUGUCGGAAUUCCAGGACCUGUGGCCUCAGUUGUCCUUGAUCAUCGAUGGAGGCCCCAUAGGAGACAUCUGGAGCUCAGAGUGUCGCUUGGGGUCGACUGUGGUUGACUUAUCUGUGUCAGGGAAGUUCUCCAUCAUCCGUCCUGGCUGUGCACUGACACGCACAGUUGAAAUCCUGAGGCAGAAGUAUGGCUUGGUACCGGAAUCUUCCUAACCCUUGGGACUGGGAGCUGAUGGAGCUGGGCACCAUGUGCCUGUGCACUCAGAAGUGGGUGUUUGUGGCCUUGUUUAAUAAGGUCGAUGGGUUAUGUCAAGGUAAAUAAACAAAAGAUUUAAAAAAAACUUUAAAAAGUCCUUUUGAGCUCUUUGUGCUGCUGUACCGUUCCCAAAUGUCUGUUCUGUUAUCCCGAUUAGGCCUUGUGAAUACAAUGAUUGGAAUGUUGGACUGAUGGGGUGGGGAAGGCCCUGUCUGCCGCCCCCUCCCCGAGCGCUCAUUCCAUGUUUGUAGUUGUUGCAUCUGCACUGUAAGGAAAGCAAACGUGGAAUGGAGGGGUUUGGAGCUUUCAGGGUGUUACAGCUGUGAUGUUCUCUGGUUGCUUUUCUCUGUUCUAAAUGUGAUCAAAAGCUACAACUGAGAUGAUACUUCCAGUGCUUCUGAAAAUUCACAAUAUUCAGGUAACCUGGAGCUGCUCAGAACAACCUGGUUCUUCCUAAUGCAGAGAAUGAAAUGAACUCUUGGCACGAUGAUCUUCCUUUGUUUAAAUGUGGAAUUCCCUCUCUUGAGUUUGCCCUGAAACAGUGCUAAGCUGAAGUAAACAGGGAAUGGAUGAAA